UGUGAGCAUAACAGUAACCAUAGCAACAGUUCGCUCCAGGAGGUAAAGGACUGUAGUCCAGUUUGAAAGGAUAGUAUUAAGAGCAGACCGUUAUUUGACUUGGUCAGAUAUUUGCUUCCUCUUGAUUUACAGAAGACAUUUAAAAACCGGUAUGAGGGACUUUUUUACAACGCGUGGCCAAAAUUGGUGGAAAGAGGUUAUUGAAAAAGAGGCAUACACAAGACUGACUUGGAGAGCAAAAUAUGGACAGGCACCCAGUACAGUAAAAACAGAAGUGCCGAAAGUUCAGCCGACAGCGAAACGAGUGCUACCAGUAAUCAAUUAUCCAAAAUAUCGAAAAAGAAAGGAACAAGCUCCGCAGCUGCAAGUUUCUGCCUCCUUUAAAGAUCUAAACGCAAGAGACAUGAGACCCGUGACGCCACAGACUUUUAAUUUACUUUAUCAGGGCUUCUCUAAAGAGGGAAAGGGACGCUGUGAAUAUCUACAAAGAAGAAAACAGAAGGGCCCUGAAGAAAAGUUUGAAUACCCACUCCUAAGUUCUUGGAUAUAUGGGUGGAGGCUAGGUGAUGUAGUAAAGGAGAUGAGGACACCAGCACACGGCCGGUCUAGAAUAGUAAAAGACACCUUCUACAAGAGGAACGGAGUUUUUGAUAUACCUGAUGAAACUGACAGACUGCUUUGACCUUUAUUUCAUAUUAAAGAUAUAUAUUUGCAAUGUCCAUGUGUGUAUGUAUAUAUUAAUAUGUACAUAUAAAUUCUUUGCUUUCUGUGUAUUGUGGUAAUUACGGUACAGCUGAUAUUAUGAUUUUUUUUCAGACUAAAUCCUAAUGUACUGUAUUCUUGUUUUUUCUCAUUCUCCCCUUCCACUUUUUGACCAUCAAACCCUCCUGCCCUGUAUACUGUAUUAAACUAUUAGCACUCUCAGGA